UUGACAGUGACAGAGUGACACAAUAUUGUUUUGACAAUAUCAGAUGAUUUGCAGUUAUUCUAAUAUAUUUUCGAUUGUUUAAACAAAAUAUAUCAAAAUGUUUCAGUUCGGGUUCAACAUGUUUCAUGAGAUUACGCGACCCUUUAGCAUGACUUAUCGUUGCUACUCCGUCUCAAUGUUACCUGGCAACGAGCGACAAGAUGUUGAAAGAGGAGGGAAAAUAAUUAUGCCACCGUCGGCAUUAGAACAACUAACAAGAUUAAACAUUGAAUAUCCAAUGAUAUUCAAGUUGACAAAUAAGAAAACAAAGAGAAUAACACAUUGUGGAGUACUUGAGUUUGUUGCCGACGAAGGAAAAGUAUAUUUACCACACUGGAUGAUGGCAAAUCUUGUAUUAGAAGAGGGAACUUUACUUCAGAUUGAGAGUGUAUCAUUACCUGUUGCAACAUUCUCAAAAUUUCAACCUCUGUCAGAAGAUUUUCUUGAUAUCUCUAAUCCAAAAGCAGUGUUAGAAAAUUGCUUAAGAAACUUUUCAUGUCUUACAACUGGAGAUGUCAUAGCAAUCAAAUACAAUUCUAAAGUGUAUGAGUUGUGUGUGCUUGAGACUAAACCAGGGAAUGCAGUUAUUAUUAUAGAAUGUGAUAUGAAUGUUGAAUUUGCACCACCUGUGGGUUAUAAAGAAGAAGACCAUAUACCAAGGAGGGGUUCUAACUCAGACAUUGCAGGGAUGGAGGAAGAUCCCGCUACUAUGAUGCCAGAGCCAAGUGGUUUUAUAGCAUUUAGGGGUGAAGGUAACAGAUUAGAUGGAAAAAAGAAGAAACUUAUAAGCGAAAGUGAUUCAGAGCCUCAGGCAUCAAAUUCAAGACAGCCAUAUGUUCGCGGCAUACCAGAUUACGAUUAUAAAAUCGGCACAAUAAGAUUUAUAAGGAAUUCAAGGCCAGCCAGUGCCAAAGAAGAAAUUCAGUCGGAACCAUUUGCAGCCUUUAAGGGAGAGGGAUUCACUCUUCGUACAGCCAAGUCUAAGAAUUGAUUGAUUGCAACUGUAACUAAUUUAAAUUUACUAAUACAUGUAAAUUAAUAAUAUGUUUCUGAAAUAUUCGACAAAGUUAGAUUAUAAUCAGUCAACUAUUUUGACUUUAACCGUAAUUGUUUUGGUCGAUAGCAAAUGGUGACUUUCAGAAACUACCUUUGUCUAUCAGUUCAGAAACUAUUUUCUAAAAUUGACCUGAUCAUCAUCAUCAAGAUAUUUUUAGUUAAAAUUUUUUUCAAAUGUAACUGUCACAGUUGCGAUUUAAAAUUUUAAAGUAAGAUAUUGUUUUGUAAGGUUAUUAUAUAAAAUAAAAUUUAAAUUAAGAAUUAGUUUGGUUUACUGAAUUCAUUAACAUAAUUGUUUAUGCAUCUAAAUAAAUAAAGCAAUUCAGUUCAG